AUGUGGAUGCUCCUGGGUCUGGCCAGCGGCGUCGCCGCGGCGUCGUGCCCGUACACGUCGUUGGGUGGCAGCACUCGCGUCCUCGCAGGUGACGUCUACUGUGGCGGCGCCCAGUGGUGCAUCCUAUCGCCGUUAAACUGCUCGAUCCUCGGCUCCUACGUGCCAUUGAAAGACACGUUUUGGAGCGUCGAUGCGAUCGGCGACAUGACCAACUAUGCCAACCCUCAGUUGACUCUCGAGAGCGAGAAUCGCCCCGACCUCUCGCAAAUGAGGCUGCCGGCGUCGCUACAAAAGCUGACGUUUCGAUACAUUCGGUGGUUGCCACUCGACCGGAUCAUGGCGUCGUGGCCGGCGCUGACCACCUUGACAAUGACCAACUGCUCUCUCGAUGCCUUGCCGAGAUCGUUCACGUACCCCGCCGGUCUCAAAUCUCUGAACCUGGCCAAGAAUCAACUGACGCAGAUACCGCCCAACUUGCCCGCCAGCAUUCGCAAAUUAGACGCGUCCAACAACCAACUUGGCAACGUUUCCAACAUGAACUGGACGUCCAUGACCGCCGUGGAUCUCUCGCGCAACAACUGGCUAAGGACAUUUAGCGACGUCCAGCUUUCGCGCCGUCUCAUCUCCUUCAACAUUGCCAACUCUUCAAAUUACCUCGACAUUAUCAUUGAUCAGCAGACGUUCAACGCGCUGGACGCACUCAAACCGUGGAGUGCACUCAAGGAUGCGACCGGCAACGAUCUCACGGACCCUGACGGCAGCAUUAUCUAUACCGGCUUUCUCGUCACAAAGUCCAUCCGAACAAGCAGCGCCACCUGCAAGGCCAGACGUGGAAAGACGCAUCUGCUGUGGGCGAUGACGUCCAAGCACUACGUGGAAGUGUGCGUCGCCGAGCCGCCAGAAGCUUCCUCCGGCGCCAGUACGGGUCUUAUCGUCGGGCUCGUCAUCGGUGGGCUCGUCAUCCUCGCACUUGUCGUGCUCUUCGUCAAGCGCCGCCAGUCGAAGAAGACAACUACGACCACCAACCCGUUCGCACCGCCGACGCCCCAAAAGUCCUCGCCGCAAGCCCCGUACGAGUACGUGCCACCAAAGGAUGACGAUGACCACGACUUGUACCCGCUUCAUCCGUCGCCGUUCGGAUCGCCAGCGACCAAACCGACACCGAGUUUCGACGCAACAACCGACAUCAACCGCUCCGACGACGCGCCCUCGCAUCCGUCUCGUGAUCCGUUGCUCAGCCAGGUAAACACGUCGUUGACGCAUGGAUCGAGCAGCCACGACGCGUCGAGCAUUGACCAAAUUGCAGCGACGUCAUCCAACGCUGAGGACGACGUCUACUUGGAUGUCCGGCCGCUCCGGAACCACAAGCUCGAGCUCCUGGACCUUGUCGUUACCUCCGAGACGCCGUGGGCCUCGGGCGCAUUCGGCGAAAUCGGGCUCGGCACGUACGCCAACGAGAAGGUUGCAAUCAAGCGCCUCAAGAACCCGUCGCCAGCUAGUGUGUUGCACUUUAUCGAAGAGAUCAAGCUGCACUCGCGCAUCGAGAGCGAUUUUAUCGUCAAGUUUGUUGGCGCGAGCUGGCGCCGUCCGAUCGAAAUGGAGUGCGUCGUCGAGUACAUGGACCUCGGCGAUCUGCGCAACUACCUCGCGACCAACUCGCCGGCGCAGUUUGGCUGGGACCAAAAGCUUAAGUCCAUUAUGGCGGCCGUGUGCCUCCAGAACGACCCAGCGUCGCGUCCGUCGAGCAUGCAGCUGGCGAGCAUGUUGCAGCGCCUUUAA